AUGGAGGGUCUUUCGAGAAUAGUGAAGAAGAUUCAAGACAAGAGCCCUCUGAAAUAUACAACCGUGCGACAGAUGAGUUGUCUGAAUCCAGCCCAGAUGUACUCUUGUCCUGAACUGUGUCAGACCAAAAUGAAAGGGCUAGUGAAGCAGUUUCUUCAGGAUAAACAAUUGGAUGGAGGAGUUGCUGCUGGUGAUCUGAUCACCCAACAGUUUUCUCAAUUCCUGUCAUUGGAAGUGAGGAAUGAAGAGGAUUUCUUGGCCUUCAAGCCUUUACAGAAAAGGCUGGAUGUGUUCCUUCAUCACCAUAUUAGUGGUCCCUACCCACAGCUCUGGACUUUCAUUCAGAAGCUUCUGCUCCUCUCCCAUGGACAGGCUACUGUGGAAAGGGAUUUUUCUAUAAAUAAGGAAGUGGAGGUUUGCAACAUCCAAGAAGACACCCUUGUAGGACACAGAAUUGUGUGUGAUUAUGUAUCACUGCAUGGAGGGGUGACCAAGGUGCCUCUCACACCAGAGCUGCUAGCCUCAGUAUCAUCAGCAAGGAGCAGAUAUCGGAUCCAUCUUGAGACUGAGAGGCAAAGAAAGGAAUCCGAGGCACAGGGCUUGAAGAGGAAAGCUGUUGAGGAGGACCUGGAGCAGCUCAAAAAGACCAGGUUGACCCUGCAGGCAGUUGCACAAAAUCUGGUCCAGGAUGCAGACAAGUUAUCAGAGCAGGCUGAGACCAAGCAUGGUAGCAAGAUGGCAGAACUCAUUGCAAAAUCAAAUGCUUUCAGGAGGAGCCACAAAGACAAGUUGGCUGCUACAAAAGUCUCGAUGACCUAAUUGAAGCCAAAGGAGCAGAUCUCAGAAAGAUGUAGGCCAGGGAUAAGCAACUUUAAUGGUGGUGGGGAACCAUUUUUCUACUUGACAGUGGUGGGGGCCAAGUUACAUAUUUGCACUUUUAUUGCCCACUGCCU